GCUGUCUCCUAGCUGGUACACAUUGUGCCAGUGGUUGGUCUACAACAGCCAGAGCAGACAGCCAGAUACCAGCGACGGAGGAAGUGGGUUUCAUUAGUAGUGGUGGUGGCGUCAGCGACGGUGGUGGUGCUUGAUGCCUGGUGCUGGUGCUGGUUGCUGCUGGUGGUGGUAGUAGUGAGUGCACGGCAUAUUUCGCUUCUCUUUGUAAGUUCACAGUAUCACACAUCUCGCCGCUGCUCUCACGGGCGAGCUACACCUUCCUUCCUACGUUCGGACGUGCCGCGCGGACCUCGUUCUCACUGCCGUUCCUCUUCUUCUUUUUUUCUUCUUUUUUUCUCUUCCGAUUCACUUCCGCAAAUGCCGUCCGUUGACUUGUCCGCUAUCCGUGUGCCAACGAAAAGUGCGCGCUGUUGAACGCCGGCCGCGUAAACGACACAUAAAAACGCGGCGUCGAGACGAAAAGCCGGAGAGCAUAAAAAAAAUAAACAAAUAAAUAAAAACUUGUGCCAAUUGUCGCUCACGUACACUGCCCUGGAUCGCUUUCACGGAUAGUUCUACGUACGCGCGAACGCGGAAGGUCGCACGCGUACGGUCGCUCCGGAGUUGGUGUGAUUGACAACUUUUUUUAACGUUCAUCGCUGUCACGUUCAUAUGACCAGAAUGUAUCGCGUGCUAUUUUUUCUCAUCUCUAUUUAUGGGAGUAUCCGCGGAAUGCAAUUCCCCAACAAAGGAGACGUGCCUCGUCAAUAUCAUCCGCGUUAUUUAAUGUACGAGGAGCCGUACAACAUUGAGUUUAAGUAUCACAAUUACGAGCAGAUGAGCCGCUUUCUUCGCGCGACAUCUCUUCGAUUUCAAAAUCUGACGGCUUUGUACUCGAUAGGAAAGUCGGUGAAAGGUCGCGAUUUAUGGGUGAUGGUAGUAUCAUCGUCGCCUUACGAGCACAUGAUCGGGAAGCCCGAUGUAAAGUAUAUCGCUAACAUACACGGAAACGAAGCUGUGGGACGCGAAUUAAUGCUACAUCUCAUUCAUUUUCUCGUGACAUCAUAUGGAUCAGAUGCAUAUAUUACAUGGUUAUUGGAUAAUACAAGGAUUCAUAUUUUGCCAUCAAUGAAUCCUGAUGGCUUUGAAGUUUCUAAAGAAGGACGCUGCGAUGGCGGUCAAGGCAGGUAUAACGCGCGUGGCUUUGACCUGAAUCGAAACUUCCCCGACUACUUUAAGCAAAACAAUAAAAAAAGUCAGCCGGAGACCGAGGCUGUUAAGGAAUGGGUCUCGAAGAUUCAAUUCGUGCUGUCGGGCAGUCUGCACGGCGGUGCGCUUGUAGCCAGCUACCCCUUCGACAAUACUCCAAAUUCGCGAAUAUGUCGAUCAGCGCCACUAUGUGCAGUGUUUCAGAGUUUUACGUCGACGCCGAGUAUCUCGCCGGAUGAUGACGUAUUCCAACACUUGUCGUUGACGUACUCUCGAAACCACGGAUCCAUGUAUCAGGGAUUACCGUGCUCGCCGUCGCAGCCCGCAUUUAAGCGCGGUAUCACUAACGGUGCUGAGUGGUACCCGCUUACCGGUGGCAUGCAGGACUUCAACUACGUAUGGAACGGAUGUAUGGAAAUCACCUUGGAACUUUCUUGCUGCAAAUAUCCGCCGGCUUCAGAUCUACCGCACUACUGGGAGGAGAAUAGAGCGUCACUGAUCAAGUUUCUGUCAGAAGCUCACAGAGGUAUUCAUGGUUUUGUUGUCGAUGAAAACGGUAAUCCUAUUGAGAGAGCAUCCGUUAAAGUGAAAUCACGAGAUGUUAGUUUUUCGACGACUAAAUACGGCGAAUUUUGGAGAAUCUUGUUGCCUGGCAUUUAUAAAUUAGAGGUAUUCUCGAACGGAUAUGUACCUCGUGAAGUGGAAUUUAUGGUAGUCGAGCAACACCCGACGCUCCUCAAUGUUACACUUUACUCGUUGAAAAGGCAGUACGAUGAAGAAAACGGAUCUAUUUUAUUUAACGGAAACACCGGCGGAAGGCCAUACCCGCAUCGAGAGCACACGUUACAUUACCGACCACAAUCGGGAGUCAAUACCGCGGCCGAUGCCAACAGCGGUAUCUUCUCGUCUAUCAGUAACGGAUUUAACACCUUUGUGAGCAAUCUCUUUGGAUAAUCUCGUUGCGCGCGGAUAUUUAAUCAUUUAUUCUAUAUUAUCGUGUAAAAUAGAGGAAAUCGAGUAAAUGGUAAGUUUAGUCUAUCUAUACUUUGGAAAUGUUGGUGCAAACAGAUGUUGAUUCAAUUAAUGGGCAAAAUACUGCCAGACAAUAUCUCAUAGUGUGAACUAUCGCAUGUUAAGUUUGAUUUAAUCCCUAUGAAGUAUUUAUAUAGUCGCCAAAAAUAUAUAUUAAGACGUACUUUUUAUUGUAUUUAUAAAAACAGAAACGGAGACUAUUUUUAUUGUACGCAGUCAGCAAUACAUAAUGUAAUAUAGUACCUGGUAUCUGCAGUACCUAAA